AGUGCAUUGAUCGUGAUUAAGAGAUUGGUCGAAUAUUUAAGUGCACGGUAAGAUGCCUCGUAAAUGAAUUAGAUAUCGAUAAGCCUCCAAAGAAUAUACUUUCGUGAAACGAACAGUCUCGUAGAAGAAACAUUUGGUAUUUGUACAGCAGCUGAUGCAUGUAAAGAUGGCCAAGCUCAAUACAAACAAAUAGUAACCAGCGAUGUGCUGGUUUUACAACUAGCUCUGCAUGUAAGGGGCAGAUGCUAAGAAAGUUUAACUUGUCACUGUCCAAAAAAUGGCUUAUGAUCCACGUAAUAUUAAAUAUUCAUCAGAGAUUCACAACCACCAACAUAACCAGUCUAAUAUGACUGGGUAUGCAUAUUCUGGGCAUCAACCGCAACAUGUUCAACAAAUAGAUGAAAAUAGAAACGAGAAUAAUUGUGGAAAUAAAGAAGCAUGUCCGCAGAUAUCCCAUCAGUCGUCUGGAACGCAAACCAUUCAAAAAGUAGAUGCAGCAACAAUGACAGAUCCUUUACAAAUAGAUUUCAGGCUUACGUCUGAAUAUUUAGCACGGUGUUCUAGUACAUUAGGCUUACCAUAUGUAAUUAAAUACGAAGAAAACAGCAAUAAUUCUACGCAUAAUUACCAAGAGGUUCGGCCAAAAAUUGAAUUUGAAGUUGAACCACAAUAUAUCAAUGGUAUGUUAAUCUAUCAUUGUCCAGAAUGUGCGUACAAGUUUGAAGCUCGUGAAGCAUUGCACGAGCACCUUGAAGUUCAUAGACAGCGACCUCACAUCUGUGAUAUUUGUGGUGCAAGUUUAAAGCGUAAGGAACAUUUAGACCGUCACAAACAAGGUCACAAUAAGGAUAGGCCUUAUCAGUGUAACAUGUGUUGCAAAGCAUUCAAACGUAACGAACACCUUGCUCGUCACAUGAUUAUUCACUCAGGUAGUAAAAAUCAAGUUUGUACAGAAUGUGGCAAAGCCUUUUAUAGAAAGGAUCACUUAAAGAAGCACUUCCAAAGUCAUAAUAGUAGCAGAGGCAAAAAUACAAACAGUUCUCAAAAUAAUCAGAAUAGCCAAAAUAACGGCGAAGAAGGAUUGAGCAGUUUUGCAAUGAUGAUGAGGCAGGCUGGGCCACCUCCGUUUUCUAUUUUGCGAACUUAAUACAUUUUUACCUUGAUCUUAGACCAAGAUCAUUUUAUAAUUUAGAUAAUUUAAAUUUAAGAGAUUAAUACAGCGAGCUUUAUUGGAGACACUUUCAGGAUAUAACGAAGUAGUUGUUGACAGUUUUGAAUUUUGCAGUUAUAUUAGUCGUGAAACUUUCAAAUAGUGCAUUAAUAAGAAACAGGCUCUAAAGUAUCCUUGCAGAUUUUAUAUUUCUCUUUCUAAUACGCCUCUAAUAUGCACAAUGUUCUUAAAGUGAGAAUGUACCUGUUAAGAACAGUUAUUUGAUAUAUGUAUAUAGUAUGUGUAUAUAUACACACAUAUAUAUAUAUAUAUAUGUAGGUGUGUAUAUAUAUACAUAUAUACACGCAUGUACAUGUAGGAUGGAACAGAAACUCUGUCCACCUGAAAUAUUUCCGUUAUUUUUAGGUAUAGGGAAAAAAUGUUGUAUAAAAAACUUGUACGGCAUCACGGGGGAACGUAUUAUAGUAACGUUAGUUUUUUUUAGUAGAAACGCUAAGGAGAUCUCAAGGUCAAUUUCAUUUUUUAAAUGGAUCCUUAUAGUUUUUUUUAUCCUUAGUGUCAUAGCGGCUAUUUAGACCAUUUCAACGAACUACAAUACUACAUCGUGCAAAGUCAUGGCAGAUCAUAGACAAUGGUGGAGCAAUGCCAUCAAAAGUUAUACGACAUAAAGAUACGUAUUAUGGUAGCGUUAGUGUACCGAGGAUGUA